AUGGCCACGGUGAAUUCGUACUUUGUUCCAGGCUUUGGAAUCUCCCGAGCGGUGAUUCAGAGCGAGAUAUGUUACCACUGUGGACCUGGCUCGAUAGUAAGACCAUACACACAUCAGGGGAGGGAUGGGUUUCUGGUCACCACUUCGGGGCCUCCUUUGACGAAGGCGCAAAUUGAAGAUUUGAAAGCGUCCUCAAAGGAAUACGAAGAGAACAAAUCGCGCAGGGCCAACGAAGCGGAGGUGUUCGUUAACCAACCCGUCCCGGUAAACUACAGGCGAAGAAGUGGUUGA